UGGAUUAAAAACACACACACAAAAAAAAAGCCAAGGAAAAAAAAACAAAAAACAUUUGAAUCUUCAUUCUGCGCGCAUGGAAAAGGAUUUAAGAUUGCGGAGGAUCCAUUCAGGAGAAGAGGCUCUUAUUGGGACCAGAUUGCCAGCAGCAGCAGCAGCAGGUUUAAGUUUGACCGUGUGGAGUAACAUCUUACUCCCCCAACCAAAUAGGACUCAUGAUGUCCCUCAUGGUUCACCUCAAGUCGGUCGCCAACCUCCGGGGGAAAGGUGACCGCAUCGCCAAAGUCACAUUUCGAGGUUUGUCCUUCUACAGCCAUGUGGCGGCCAACUGUGAGGAGGUGGCUCACUUUAAUGAGACUUUUCGAUGGCCGAUCGCUAGCAGUCUGGAUGGAAGUGAGAUGCUGGAGAUCCAAGUGUACAAUUACAGCAAAGUCUUCACUAACAGACUGGUGGGGACUUUCUGCAUGGUGCUCCAGAAAGUGGCGGAGGAGGGGCAGCUCGAGCUGACUGACACACUCUUAGACGAUAAUAACACAUCCAUAAAUACCAGCGUUACCAUAGAGAUCAGAUACCAGUCGAUGGAUGGCACAGUGGGCAUGUGGCGCAACGGAGAGCUACUGGAUGUUCCCGAUGACCGUGAUGGCGUGUUUUCUUUUGAGACAGAAAGCCUGCUGUCCGGACAAAGUCACGGAUCGGGAGCGUCUGCGGGACGAUCCUUGCAAGGAUCCAUAGCGACAUUCAGAAAAGCAGCGAGGGGAGUGUCUUCGGUCAUGAAGCUCGGCAAGAUCAAGAGCUCAAAAGAUGAUCCCAGGAAAGGAGACGAGCCAGCAGUCCUGGACAUGGUGGACCUGGACAGGAAGGCGAUGCGUCUUGCUGGAAUGUUGGAACCAGACGCUAUCUCCCUGGCUUCAGUCACUGCCGUCACCACAAACAUCUCCAAUAAGAGGUCAAAACCAGAUAUCAAAAUGGAGCCGAGUUCCGGACGACCUGUGGAUUACCAGAUUAACGUCACGAUCGUCGAGGCCCGACAGCUAAUUGGUCUCAACAUGGACCCUGUGGUGUGUGUGGAGAUCGGAGAAGAGAAGAAGUACACGUCAAUGAAGGAGUCCACCAAUUGUCCCUACUACAAUGAAUAUUUUGUCUUCGACUUCCACGUCCCUCCUGAUGUCAUGUUCGAUAAGAUCAUUAAGUUAUCGGUUAUUCACUCUAAAAACCUUCUUCGGAGCGGAACACUGGUGGGAACCUUCAAGAUGGAUGUUGGGACUGUCUACUCUCAGCCUGAACACCAGUUUUACCAUAAGUGGGCCAUCCUCUCCGACCCUGAUGACAUCACGGCGGGCUGCAAAGGAUAUCUAAAGUGCGACAUCGCUGUGGUCGGGAAAGGCGACAACAUUAAGACCCCGCACAAAGCCAACGAGACCGACGAGGAUGACAUCGAAGGCAACCUUCUUCUCCCAGAGGGCAUCCCUGCAGAGCGGCAGUGGGCGAGGUUCUACGUGAAGAUCCACCGCGCAGAGGGCCUUCCAAAAAUGAACACCAACAUCAUGGCCAAUGUGAAGAAGGCCCUAAUAGGAGAAAACCGAGACCUGGUGGACCCUUAUGUUCAAGUGCACUUUUCUGGGCAGAGAGGAAAGACUUCAGUCCAGAAAAGCAGUUAUGAACCCAUCUGGAACGAGCAAGUUAUCUUCACCGAGCUCUUCCCUCCGCUCUGCAAACGCAUGAAGAUCCAAAUCCGGGACUCCGAUAAGGUCAAUGACGUUGCUAUCGGAACACACUUUAUCGACCUCCGCAAAAUAUCCAAUGAUGGCGACAAAGGGUUCUUGCCCACCUUGGGUCCAGCCUGGGUCAAUAUGUACGGCUCCACACGGCAAUACACCCUCAUGGAUGAGCACCAGGACCUGAAUGACGGACUGGGAGAAGGAGUGUCCUUCCGUGCCCGGUUGUUGCUCUCCAUUGCCGUGGAGAUCCUGGAUACGACGUCUCCGGAGAUCAUCAGCUCCACCGAUGUGCAGUUGGAGUCAGUUUCCAACAUAUCUGAGAGCGCCACAGGCAAAAUGGAGGAGUUCUUCCUGUUCGGUGCCUUCCUGGAGGCCACAAUGAUUGACCGUAAAAUUGGGGACAAGUCAACAACUUUUGAGAUCACAAUUGGUAACUAUGGCAACCAGAUGGAUGGAACGAGCAAACCGUGGUCGUCGAAAAAGAAGAAGAAAGACGGCGAAAGCGAGGAAGAGGAGAACGAGCUCAUCCAGAACUCCAGCGACGAAGAGGCGGACGAGGAAGGGGACCUGGUGUCGGUCUCCUCUACGCCGCUCAUGAGGCCUGUCAUCACAGACAGGAAUUACUUCCACCUUCCCUACUUCGAGAAGAAACCAUGUGUGUACAUCAGGAGCUGGUGGCAGGACCAAAGACGACGGUUGUACAACUCCAACAUAAUGGACAAGAUCGCUGACAAGCUGGAGGAGGGUCUAAAUGACGUUCAGGAGAUCAUUAAGACAGAGAAGGCCUUUCCGGAACGCAGACUCAGGGGAGUUAUGGAGGAGCUGAGCGUUGGCUGCAGUCGGUUUGUAAAUUUGGCUAACAAGGACAUUAAUCAGGCAGGCAGAACCAAACUGGACCGAGAGAGACUCAAAUCCUGCAUGAGAGAAAUGGACAACAUGGGUCAGCAAGCCAAACAGAUGAGGACGCAGGUGAAGAAAAACAUAGUAAAAGAGAAACUGAAGCUGGUGCAAAACUUCCUGCAUAGACUUCGCUUCCUUGCUGAUGAGCCACAGCACAGCAUCCCUGAUGUUUUUGUAUGGAUGAUGAGCAACAAUAAGCGCAUUGCUUAUGCCCGAAUUCCCUCCAAAGACAUUCUCUACUCCGUCGUGGAUGAGGAGACAGGAAAAGACUGUGGUAAAGUCAAAGCAGUUUUUCUCAAGCUACCUGGUAAAAAAGGCUUUGGCCAAGCUGGUUGGACGGUACAGGCUAAGCUUGAGUUGUACUUAUGGCUCGGUCUCAACAAGCAUAAGAAAGAAUUCUUGAGUGGCCUGCCUAAUGGUUUUGAGGAGGUUAAAGUUGCUAAAGCGGGCCCUUCGCUUCACUCGGUGCCCCCUGUCAGCCUGGUGUAUGACAUGAAGCAGGUCUUCCAGUUGAGAGCACACAUGUACCAGGCCAGAAGUUUGUUUGCCGCUGACAACAGCGGACUUUCCGACCCCUUCGCCCGAGUCUUCUUCUCCACACACAGCCAGGUCACCGAGAUUCUGAGCGAAACCCUUUGCCCUACGUGGGACCAGCUACUUGUUUUUGACAACGUGGAGCUAUUUGGGGAGGCCAGCGAGCUGAGAGACGACCCGCCAAUCAUUGUGGUGGAAAUAUACGACCAAGACACUGUGGGAAAGGCAGAGUUCAUAGGUCGGACAUUCGCCAAGCCCACCAUUAAGAUGUGUGACGAGCACUACGGCCCUCCAAGGUUUCCACCACAGUUGGAGUACUACCAGAUUUACAGGGGGAACUGCACUGCAGGAGAACUGCUUGCAGCUUUUGAGCUUCUUCAGAUACCUUUUGAUGGCGAGGAGAUAAGGCGAGCUCUGAUUGCUGUCCAUAACUUUGUGGUCCCUCAGAUAAAGAUUGGUCAAGGAGGGACAGCGGACCUUCCUCCUCUUGAAGGACCAACAGACUCAGAGCGAGGACCAAUUGUCCCUGUGCCCUUGGGGAUCCGGCCUGUCCUGAGUCGCUACCGCAUAGAGGUUUUAUUUUGGGGCCUAAGGGACCUUAAGAGGAUUAACCUGGCCCAGGUGGAUCGGCCCCGCGUGGACAUUGAGUGUGCAGGGCGAGGGGUUCAGUCCGUCCUUAUCCAAAACUACAAAAAGAACCCAAAUUUCAGCACUUUGGUCAAAUGGUUUGAGGUGGACCUCCCUGAGAAUGAGCUUCUCCACCCCCCGCUCAACAUCAGGGUGGUGGACUGCCGAGCGUUUGGCCGCAACACCCUGGUUGGUUCCCAUGCUGUCACGUGUCUGAGGCGGUUCAUCUACUGCGCUCCAGACAAGUCGUCCAAUAACUGGGGCAGUGCAGCUAAACUAAUGAAUGGCUACAUGGUCCUAACCAAUGGUGGCACCCAGCCUCGCUUCUCACCCAGUGUUUCCUCGCGCACUUUCUCUCGCUCCACAGGUGACAUUAUCGUGAACAUGGAGCCAGAGCCUGCGGUCCGAAAAAUGGACACGUUUGUCAAGUUAGACGCUACGUCUGACGCUGUUGUAAAAGUUGACAUGAUUGAAGAAGAGAGCGACAAAGAGAAAAAGAAGAAGAAGAAGAAGAAAAAGAAGGGAGUGGAAGAAGAGGAAGAACCAGAUGAGAGCUUGCUAGAUUGGUGGUCCAAAUAUUUUGUUUCCAUAGAGACACUAAAAGAGACACUCAGGGCUCAGGAAGAAGCUCAGGCUGAAGCAGAGGAGAGAGAAGACCUGGAGAUUGCAAUAGAGGCUGCAGAUAUCAAAUCUGAUGACCUUGUUCGGAAAGGCUCCAGGACAAAGGACAAGUACAAGAAAAGCUCCAAAGACAAGAGGAAGGGCCACGCUUUGGACGGAGCUGAGAAACGGACAACAAAAGCAAAAUUAGACGAGUUAUUGGUGUACAACAAGGAGCUGGAAACAGAAUACGGCAACUUUGAAGACUGGCUGCACACCUUCAACCUGUACAGAGGGAAAGCCGGGGAUGACGAUGAACAUGCGCAGGAUGAUGACAGAAUUGUCGGACGAUUUAAGGGUUCCCUGUGUAUGUACAAGCUACCAUUAUCAGAGGAGAUCACAAGAGACGCUGGAUUUGAUCCAAAUAUGGGCAUGUUCCAGAGCAUUCCUCAUAACGACCCCAUCAAUGUGCUUGUCCGAGUGUAUGUGGUCAGGGCCACAGAUCUGCAUCCUGCUGACAUCAACGGCAAGGCAGACCCGUAUAUUGUCAUCAAGCUGGGAAAGACAGAGGUCAAGGACAAAGAGAACUACAUCUCCAAACAGCUCAAUCCGGUAUUUGGCAAGUCAUUUGACAUUGAAGCAACAUUCCCCAUGAAGUCCAUGCUGACGGUUUCCGUUUACGACUGGGAUCUCGUGGGCACAGACGACCUGAUUGGAGAGACAAAGAUCGACUUGGAGAAUCGCUUCUACAGCAAAUACAGAGCCACCUGUGGCAUUUCUUCCAACUACUCCGUGCACGGAUACAACGUGUGGCGUGAUCCUUUGAAGCCCAGCCAGAUCCUAGCAAAGUUGUGUAAGGAAGGCAAGAUUGAUCCCCCUCAAUACGGCCCAGGAGGAAAAGUCAAAGUGGCGAAACGUAUUUUCAUUGGACCAACAGAGAUCGAGGACGAAAACGGUCUGAAGAAGCAGACAGAUGAACACUUAGCUCUGACCGUGCUAAAUCACUGGGAGGAAGUCCCCCGGGUGGGCUGUCGGCUCGUCCCGGAACAUGUGGAGACAAGACCCCUGCUGAACCCUGACAAACCAGGCAUUGAGCAGGGUCGCAUCGAGAUGUGGGUGGACAUGUUUCCUAUGGACAUGCCAGCUCCUGGGCCCGCUAUCGACAUAUCACCCCGAAAGCCAAAAAGCUUUGAGCUCCGUGUUAUUAUUUGGAACACUGAUGACGUAAUUCUAGAGGACGAUGCUUUCCUGACAGGAGAGAAGAUGUCUGACAUCUAUGUCAGGGGGUGGUUGAAGGGGCAGCAGGAAGACAGGCAGGACACGGACGUCCACUACCACUCUCUGACCGGGGAGGGAAACUUCAACUGGCGCUUCGUCUUCCCCUUCGAUUACCUCAUGGCGGAGGAGAAGAUCGUCAUCUCUAAGAAAGAGUCGAUGUUCUCUUGGGACGAGACGGAAUAUAAGAUCCCCCCUCGCCUCACGCUGCAGGUGUGGGAUGCAGACCACUUUUCUGCGGACGACUUCCUGGGUGCGAUCGAGCUGGACCUGAACCGCUUCCCCCGAGGGGCGAAAACGUCCAAGCAGUGCUCUAUCGACAUGAUCCGAAAUGAGCAGGCACUUCCUGCCAUUUCCAUCUUCAAGCAAAAGAGGGUGAAGGGAUGGUGGCCGUUUGUGGCCCGGGACGAGAACGACGAGAUGGAGUUGACGGGCAAAGUGGAGGCUGAACUUCAUCUGGUGACUGCAGAAGAGGCGGAGAAAAGUCCGGUGGGACUGGGACGAAACGAGCCGGAUCCCCUGGAGAAACCAAACCGCCCAGACACCACCUUCCUGUGGUUCCUGAGCCCGCUGAAAGCCAUCCGCUACCUGGUGUGCAACCGCUACAAGUGGCUCAUCAUCAAGAUCGUGUCGGCCCUGCUCCUGCUCGUCAUGCUGGGCCUCUUCCUCUACAGCAUGCCGGGCUACCUCGUCAAGAAACUGCUGGGAGCCUGAACACAAGCGGACAUAGAGAGUGGAAGCUGGAGGGCGGGCACUCUAUACUCUCCAUCAGCCACAGGAAGGGAGGAAAUACUUUUUAAAAUUAUUCUACAGACAAAGGAAACAAGUAUGGUAGGUUGUUUUGGUUUUUUUGCUCUAGGGCACCACCUACAGUUGGUAUUCUAAACAUGGACAGUGCACGCCACUUCACUACAAUCAAACAUGAGGUGUCCUGGCUGGUCCGCAUCUUGUUUUUUAAGGUCGCCAUGGCAAUCAAAGCAAUGCUGCGUGUUACAAAGCAGCAAUUUUGUUUUUAGGAUGAUGGUUCCUCCCACCACCUAACGCAUGCACCUGGGGCUCGGCUGAUUGGCAACACUAAACUGUAGCGGUGGGAAUCUAUGGGCACCUAACGAUUCGGUCCGAUUCCCACUCAUGGGUUUGACGAUUCGUUUCAGAAUGGAUUCAACACGAUUCUCGAAUUAAACCGAUUCUUGCAUUAUUCGGUAAAAUAAUUAUAAUGAAACUUUUUCAAAACAAGUUACAGGUUAGAGAAGCUGUUCUA